GUAUAUAGCAACACAUAUUAGCCGCCAAGCGCCAUAUUUUGUUUGGACGCAAUUUGAGGUUAAACAUAACUUAAUAUAACUUUUAAUUAAAAUAUAUUGCAGCAAACAUGAAGCUAGUGAGGUUUUUGAUGAAAUUGAGUCAUGAAACUGUGACUAUUGAGCUUAAGAACGGCAGUGUUGUCCACGGUACAAUCACCGGCGUCGAUGUAGCUAUGAACACACAUUUAAAGGCUGUUAAAGUUACUUUGAAAAACAAAGAGGAACUACAGUUAGAAACUCUUAGUAUACGUGGGAACAAUAUUAGAUAUUUCCUGCUUCCAGACAGUUUACCUUUAGAGACAUUAUUAAUAGACGAUGCUCCUAAAGGUAAGGGCAAACGGGAAGGUUUCGCCAGAGGUGGCACUAGAGGAGGAAGAGGCCGAGGCAGAGGCGGCCGUGGAGGUCCCAGAGGUGGGAGAGGCGGCAGAGGUCGUGGCCGUCGAUAAGUUCCAGUGUUCUUUAGCUAUUAAGUCCUUAUUGUGAUUAUAUAUUUGUAAUACUA